AUGAUGGUCGAGCCGCGCUACACGUCCGUCAUGCGCAGCACGCGCAGCGGCAACUAUUAUAAUGUUCCGAUCUCCACCGAUGCGAUGGCCAACCGCAAGCACGACAUGUCUGCGUUUACCAACUAUGAUGGUUUCGAGCACGAGGCAGUGGCCACCGCUUGGGGCACGACCACCAUGCGCCGCCUGCCCGCUGUGGCCAAGCGCCGUGACCUCAACGCCGCACUGGACGGCGUCGCGCCCUCCAAGGACCCGCACACCUUCCAGCCGGCUUUUGCCUUCGAUCUCAAUAGACUUGUGGCUUCACUCACCAAGGGCUCGGCCAGCUCCAGCAACAGUUCGUCUUUCACUUCAACACGCAGCCACGGCGAGCCCACGCCAGAGCCCAUGCCUGAGAACUCGCGGAUACCUGUGCUACCCGAAGCCGCAGCGCCUCGACAGCGUGGACGACGUGGAGCUCUUUCGGGCGAGGAAGAACUCACGCGUUCAUAUGCCUCGCCCAACUCUACGACCCCAGAGAACAGCAUCAUCACGUACAGUCUCAAUAAGCGCAAACAGAAGCGGCUGGCCGCCAAGGCACUAGCCGCAGCGUCGGUUAAUGGCCCCAAUUUCGAGGUAGCCGUGGCCGACGCCGGUAACGAGCAUCAGCCGCAGUACGUACCACGUUACGUGCCCGAGUACCAGUCCGACGUGGCGAUAGCAAUGUCGUCACGCAACCGCGAGCCCUCGCUGGAUGAGCAGAGCUACGCGCUAUAA